AUGGAAUUAUUUGUAUUAGUUCGGACAGUUUUAUUCAUUACUUUUUUUUAUAUAUUAUUAAACAUAGUACAUGACAAUCUUCUUUUGAUAAAAUUAAUGGACAGCUAUUCUUAUACAUAUUUAUGGAAUAUACUUAAAUUUAAAAAUAGAAAAAUACUGAGCGAAUUAUCAGAAAUACAUUUUGAAGACAAUGAAAUAGAAGAUUUUAUUGUUAAGAAUAAUGUACUAUAUUCGAAUGAUUUUUUAAACAUAAUAGAUCCUUCCCUUUUUGAAAAUUAUGACAAUAUAAAUUUGGAAGAAUAUAUUUUAAAUUUUGAUAAUAAAAAGGAAGGACCUUCUUCAGAUGAAAAUAUCCUAAUAUGUAGAGGCGCUUUAUAUAAUCAUCAUGGUGAUAAAAAGUUAGAAAAGCUACUAGAAAUACCUCAUGAUGACGUAUCCAAUGAAUUGUCGAGAAUGAUAUCUGAAGAAAGUUCUGAUAGAGUAUUGCAUAAAUUGAUUGAUGAGAAUUCUAAAAAGUCAUCAAGUACCUUAACUAGUGAAAUGGCAGAAGAUGUAAAAGAUAAAAUUUCUGAAGAAAUAUAUGAAAAAAUUAAUGACGAAUUAUCUGAAGAAAUUUGUGAUGAAACAUUAGAAGAUAUUUACAAAAAACUUUGUCAUAUGAUCAAUGUGAGAGCAUUAAAAAAGAAAUUAAAAAAGGAUAAAGAAAAAAAGUUUGGAAGUAAUAUAAAAAAAUAUUAUUCAUCAAAAAUGACACAAGAAACUGAUAAAAGAGGAAAUGAAAAAUGUAUUUCCAAGGAACAUAUGGAAUAUGUAAUAAAAUUAAUAUUAGAAAAGAAUAAAGCAAAAUCGGCAGGUGUAAAUGUAUCAAGUGAUGUAGUAAAAGUGAAGACAAGAAAUGUGGGGAAGAAUACAAGAGAAGAUAUAAAAGUAGUUCAGAAAAAAACUGUAAAAGAAUAUUCAAAAUGUGAAGCAGGAAAAUCGAAUGUGGAACUAAUAAAAGGAUUAACGAAUAAAAUUUUAGAAAAAGUGCAUAAUGAUGAAAUGUUAAAGAAGAAAUCAAAAGUGGUGGUAAUAGGGAACAAUAAAAUUGAUGUGUAUAAAAAAGAUACAGAAUAUGAAAAAGAGACACUAAAAAUAGAUUCUGAUAUAUCUAAAAUGAACUUUGAGAAAAAUUCAGAAAAAUCAAAAGAAAAGGAAGUCGAAGAUACCAAAAGGAAGAAAUUAGAACAAAAAAUUGCAUUUGAAGAUUAUAAGAAAAAGGAAGAAAGAAAAAAUUGUGAGAGGAUUAAUAAGUUCAAAGAAAAUGAAAAUAAUGAUUUUUUUUUUUUUAAUAAUGAUUAUUCGUAUUUAAAGAGAGAAGGCAUUUUAUACAGUGCAAAUGAUCAUAAUUAUAAAACGAGAUUGAAAACAAAGGAACAACGGAUUUCUGAAGAAAAAGAAAAGCAUAAUAUUACACAACCGUCAGAUUACAAUACAUUUUCUUUGAGUACAAGAAAAAAGGAAAGACCAAAUAUAAUAUUUAAAGAAAAUGAUGAAUAUGAUAAUACAGCUAUAUCAAAUGUUCAAAUGAAUAAUUCUAUUAAUCCUUUAGUAUGUAGUCAUCAUAAUAAAGAAAUAUUACAUGAAGGAAAUAAUGCAGCUGACAAUUCUGAAAGGGCAUCAUUUGAUAAUAUAUAUAAUGAUAUUAGGAAGGAAGAAAAUGUUGAAUCAUUAGGUGAAUCAAUUUUCGUAUUAAACGAUAAAAGAAAUGAUGAAGGAAAUAAUAAAGGAAAUAAUAAAGGAAAUAAUGAAGGAAAUAAUAAAGGAAAUAAUGAAGGAAAUAAUAAAGGAAAUAAUGAAGGAAAUAAUGAUACUAACUAUUUUGAAAAGACAUUAAUUAAUAAUGUAUAUAAUGAUAUUAGCAAUAAACAAACGUUUCAAUUAAUAGAUGAAUCAAUUUUUGUAUUAAAUGACGAAAUAAACUAUGAAAAUAAUAGUGAAGGAAAUAAUGAUACUAACCAUUUUGAAAAGACAUCAAUUAAUAAUGUAUAUAAUGAUAUUAGCAAUAAACAAACGUUUCAAUUAAUAGAUGAAUCAAUUUUUGUAUUAAAUGACGAAAUAAACUAUGAAAAUAAUAGUGAAGGAAAUAAUGAUACUAACCAUUUUGAAAAGACAUCAAUUAAUAAUGUAUAUAAUGACAUUAGCAAUGAACAAACUUUUCAAUUAAUAGAUGAAUCAAUUUUUGUAUUAAACGAUGAAAUAAACUAUGAAAAUAAUAGUGAAGGAAAUAAUGAAGGAAAUGAUAAAGGGCAAGAUGAUACUAACCAUUUUGAAAAGACAUCAAUUAAUAAUGUAUAUAAUGGUAUUAGCGAUGAACAAAUUCUUCAAUUAAUAGAUGAAUCAAUUUUUGUAUUAAACGAGCAAAUAAACAAUGAAAGAAAUAAUGAAGAGAAUGUUGAAGGAAAUAAUGAAGGGAAUGAUGAAGGAAAUAAUAAAGGGAACGAUGAGAGAGAUAAUGAAACAAACAAUGAAGUAAAUAAUGAAGGGAAUGGUGAAAUAAAUAAUGCAGACAAUGAUGAAGAAUAUUAUUAUAGUGAUUCUGAUGAUGAUGAUUAUGAAGAAUCCCUUUCAUCAUCUGAUGAAUGGUGUAAUGAUGAAUCUAGUGAGGAAGAAAGUGAUGAAGAAAUGUAUGAUUAUAAGGUAUCAUCUUCUGAAUUGACUAAUUUGUUGAAUUGA